AUGGCAUCAAGAACCGACAUACCCCCAGCACCCGCCUACUUCCCCACAUCCGCCGACUCCCCCCUCCACGCGCCGAAAGAACUAUAUGAGAAAUUGAAAAACUUAAAGCCAGACCAAUUAACCAAAACCCAAGACUUCCUCAUCCCGCCCCGCAGCGGCAAAGCCUGGAACGUGUCCAAGGGCCAGAUAUGGCGGCUCAGCACGCCCGAGGGGCCGCAGGUGGGCGACUUGAACGUCUGGAACGCACAUGAUGCGCGCGAGCGGUUCUGGGCUGCGCGGACGAGGCAGUUGCAGGGCAGCCAUGUUAAGGAGGGGGAUCGCUUGUGGAGUGUCCUGCCGUUUAUGAGGCCGCUUUGUGGAAUGGUCGCGGAUGGGUGUCAGGUUCGGGAUGCGCCCGUGGGGGAGAAGGGGGAGGGAGAGAGAGGAGAGGGGAAGGGGAGGGAGGAAAUGAGAGAUGAGCGGGGGGGGAUUACGAGGUGGGGUGGAAGGUGUCAUGAUUUGCUAGGGACGAGGUGUGAUCCUUAUGUAUCCAACAUGCUCACCGGCGCCUCGUACGACUACCACUGCCACUCGAACCUCGUCCGCGCCAUCCUGCCGCACGGCCUGACCGAAUUCGACGUCCACGACGUGCUCAACGUGUUCCAAGUCACCGGCCUUGACGCCCAGGGCCGGUACUUUAUGGAAUCCAGCCCCGCCACCAAGGAGAGUUUCAUCGACUUCUUCGCCGAGCAGGAUCUCCUGUGUGCGCUGAGCACGUGUCCUGGCGGCGACUUGAGUGCCUGGGGAUGGCAUCAGGCGGACGAGGAGGAGGCUGGGGGCGAUAAGCCGGAUAUGAAGAGUACGUGUCGCCCGAUUCGGGUCGAGGUGUGGGAGCUCAAGGACGGGGUUAGGGAGAGUGUGCUCAAGGGGUGGAAGAGUCCCCUGCCUAGUCAGUAUAAGGGGGUGCAUGGGAUGCGGAUUCCGGAGGGGGAGAGGUAG